AUGCCAGAGAUAAACCUUCGUCAUGGCAUGUUGGAUCAUCUUAAACGACAAAAAGACACGUGUACCGCUUGUGGAGGAACGAUGCUAUUAGAAAUGGCGGCUCUUUCGAGGCUCACUGGGAACGGCAUUUAUGAAGAAAAGGCGAGAAAGCCAUGGAUUUUCCUGUGGAGCCAAAUGCAUCGCGCUACUGAUUUGGAAUGGGGACCGUCUUGA